CACAGCCGAGUUUUUAUCCCGAGGAGCUUUCAAGGGAUGUAGGGGAGGAAAUCUGCGUUUCCACACUGACAAGAAACUUCACUUCCCAAAUUGAAGACUCCUCCGACAUGGACGGCUUUUACGACCAGCAGGUCCCCUUUGUGGUCCCCGAGAGUAAAUGUCACGUGGAGGGAGCCGAGCGAUGUCUCAGCGACCGCAAAAGGAAGUACAUGGACACGGAGCUGGCUCAGGACACAGAAGAUCUCUUCCAAGACCUGAUCCAGCUCCAGGAAAUCUGGAUUGCAGAAGCUCAGGUCCCUGAUGACGAGCAGUUUGUCCCAGAUUUCCAGUCCAAUAAAUUGAUGUUUCACGGGCCGCCUGUCAGCAAAGUGAAGCGAGAGUCCAGUCCGUCUAAAGACCCGUCUCCCUGCAGAACGCCCCACGCCGACGUGUGCCUUUACAAUUACAGCGCCUGUGACAACAAGCCAGCUGGGCUCAAAGCUCCGCCUCCAGCCUCCACACCGGCACACUGUGGCUCCUCCCAUCCUGCAGGACCUCCACCCGCACAGAGGCAGUUACAACCUUCCGCCCCCCAUCUGGCCAACAACUGCCCCCCGAGCCACGCUCCCACCCAAAGCCCCUCCCACCACCAACACAACCUCCCGCCGGCCAACCAAAGCCAGCAGUUUGCUUUGCCCCGCCCCCCCGGUUCAUCCUUCACCACGGAACAACGGUUUCAGCGGCAGCGGUCGGAGCCCUGCCUGCCUUUCCUCCCCCAGGAGAAAACGGCGACCGGCUACCAGCCGUCGAGCCACGACGAGCGGCCGCCGUACCAGCGCCACCACUCGGAGCCCCUGGUCCCCCAAGUGCCCCGGGGUUUCAAACAGGAGCUGGUGGAUCCGCGAUACCCAGAGCUGGGUCCAGGUCUGGCCCACCGGGCCCAGAACGCUUUCAACCACGUCACCAUCAAACAGGAGCCGAGAGACUUUGGCUUCGACUCAGAGGUUCAGACCUGCCAGUCGUCAUUUGGGAAGUCUUCAGUCUUGUACCAGAAUAACGGCGUCGGUCUCGGCCACGACAGAGAGCCGCACUUGUACUACGACGACACUUGCGUCGUGCCAGAAAGACUGGAAGGCAAGGUGAAGCAGGAGGGUUUGCCGUAUCAGCGCCGCGGCUCCAUGCAGCUGUGGCAGUUCCUGCUCACGCUGCUGGACAACCCGGCCAACGCACACCUCAUCGUGUGGACGGGCCGCAACAUGGAGUUCAAACUCGUCGAUCCAGAGGAGGUGGCUCGGCUCUGGGGGCUCCAGAAGAACCGCCCGGCCAUGAACUACGACAAGCUGAGCCGCUCCCUGCGGUACUACUACGAGAAGGGCAUCAUGCAGAAGGUGGCCGGGGAACGGUACGUCUACAAGUUUGUGUGCAACCCCGAGGCGCUUUUCUCGCUGGCGUUCCCAGACAACCAGAGGCCGAGUCUGAAGGCCGACCCGGACGCCAUGCUGCCGCCCAGCGAGGAGGACGGCCUCCCGCCGCCCAGCUACGAGGAGGAGGGUCCGUACCUGGCUGAGGGAGGGGAGCAGUGCGUCCAGGGACUGGCGUUCCCCGACAGCUACCCGUACUAGAGCAACCGGAAUUACUGAGCGCCGUUUGGAGAUCUUUCACUUGUACACCCGCGUAAUGUGUGGAGGUAGAUGCGUGUCUUUAUUACGCAAUAUCUUGUGUUUAAGGAAAUCGAUUUUUAGUUUAGCUUAUGAAACUAGAAUGUGUUGCAGUUAAUCACAAAUCUUUUGAAAACUGCUUUUUUUUUUUUAGAGCAACAUUUGAUUUGCAGCAACGAAUUCUAGUUUCAUAAACUAAACGAACAAUUCAUUUACUUAAAUGAAAAAUUUGCGCUCAAAACAUAUUUUGACACAUUUCUACCUUCAUAGAAGAGUUUAUCAGCGAAAUAUUAUUUUGAAUGUGAACUUCUUUUAGCCAAAAUCAGACAGAAAAGAGACUGUUUGAACUCCCGCAGCACACAAAAAAAUGUUGUUCUGGUUUCCGUCGUUAAGUUGGAUUAGGGUCCCGGUUUACAAAGAAAAAGUUGUAAUUUGAGACAAAGUAGCAAUAUUUUUAAAACAGUAUUUCAAGAUGUGGUUGAAAUCCUCUAAAAUCUCGUCAUAUUUUAAAAGUCCAUAUUUUGGGGAGAAAGAUGCCUGGAAAAGGUCAUAACAUUGAGAUAAAGUUGACGUAAUUCACUUGUUCAUAAAUAUAGUUAAACAAUUAUUUAUACAUUUACAAUUUGUCUCUUAAGUCAUAACAAUUGCAGCUUAAUUAUCUUUUUACGGUUUCCACUCAAUAUAUUACAACUAAUUUUCUCUAUUUAAACUCCAUGUUUAGACUCAGACAUCCCCCCCGCCCGCCUCGUGACCCUACGACCUGCUCGGUUGUAGUUUGUGAAGCUCGUACGUGAACUCUGGGAUUUCAACCAAAAAAUAUCUUAAAACCACGUGCACUCCUUUUACUAAUUAAAUUAGUUCCAAUUGUUCUCUUUUGGUAAACCUUAUACUGCUUGAAAGGGACACACUUGUAUUUCCAGAUGUUAUAGUCCUCCUAUAAACAUGUAUAUUGAAAUGUCUUUUGUGUAGUUUCAAAACUAAUAUUUUUGGUAUUAUAUGGACGUGUAAUUUUUUCCUAAAGUGUUUUAUGACAAAGGUACUGCUACUAUUUUUCUGUAAUACUGCCACUAAGAUGCUAAUGCUAAGCGUGGACUUUCUUACAACCGGCUCCCCAGUUAUUCUACGGAGAGUUUUCUGCAUUUUGUAUAGUUCAUUUGCUUAAAUGUGUAGAAAAGGUGUAUAAUUAUAUAUGAAUAUAUUUUUGCAAAAAGGCAGCGUUUGCUUGACGUUGUGCUGUGAGCUGGAAAGUUUAGCCCGCCAACGUAUUGCGUCACAUCCGGCCUCCACGACAUGGAUGACGUCAGAGUCCUGCAGAUAGAAUUGGAUGCAAGUGCGUUUUUCUUUAUGACCACGUGGUGGUUUUAAAGGAGGGGGGGAGAUGCGGGUGUGCCGUCUACCCUCAGAUCAUGUAUGUGCCUUCUGUUGAUCUUUACUGAUACAAUAAACUAUUUUACUCUUUU